AAACUGACUGAGUUGUCUGACUUGUUAGUCUUGACUGCUUCCUCAACUUUCUGUUGUGGCAAGUUCAACAGCGAGCUCUGAGACUAUAUCUCAGCACAACUCAUCAGCUCAUCAAUAGCAGAAAGACAGAUUUCUGACAGCUACUGUGGGCAUAUCUAAGAGGGAAAAAUGGACACAGCGCGCAGGCUGAACGGAGAGAACAUAGGUCUGAAUAAGCUCUGCGACCCAGAGGCAAUGGCAACCACCUCUGGAAAAGUGUAUCGCCCCAUAAACAUAAAUCACUACGCCACAAAGAAGACUGCAGCUCAGAGCAUGCUGGACGUUGCCUUGCUGAUGGCCAACUCGUCCCAGCUGAAGACUGUUCUCUAUGUGGGGCCUCAGUACCGUUUCUACAUCCCACUCAUUGUCUUGCUGUCUCUCUCCAUCACGUUGCAGGUCAUUGUGGGACUGCUGCUCGUCUUUAUUGCAGUGAAGUAUGAUCUGAAUGACGUAAGGAAACAAGCCAAGUUGAACAGAAUGAACAACGUAGCAACCGUCUUUGUCUUCUUCACUGUCCUCAUCAACAUCUUCAUCACAGCGCUUGGAUUUGAAGGACAUACUGUCAGGUCAGCGUCGCCUGAGAUAUCAAUACCUGAGCCUCAGGUCCCCCCCCUGCCCAGCGACCUUAACACGACUGGUGGACUUUAGACAUGUCUUCGGCCCAAAACAAGACAUUUUCCUGUUCAGUUCUUAUCUCAAAGCCUUGAAAUCUAAAGGGGUUGUGGUGGGACAGCUGCCUUUUUGUAAACUCUACAUCAGCUGCCUGUUGAAAUAACGAGUCGUUUGAGUCAUGAAUCAAUUCAGCAUCAAACAUUUAAUUCCCGAAUGAAGUUAAGGAAUCUGCUGUCACAUUUGUGCUGAGAAGCACUGGCCUGUACCUCAACUCAGGAUCACAGCUGUUAACUUCAACAUGGCCGAAAGCCUUUGAACCUCUCAAUACAGUACAACUGCCUCAAUCGAGUACAGAUGCAAACAGACUAUACUCCACUGCGGAGUGCUGACUCCUGACCUUCGCAGUGUUGAGCUUAUUAUGUUAUCUGUUACCAAAUGCAGACUUUUCCUAUCUGCUUCUAUCUUGUAAAUAUGAUGGUGUUUUAUGUUUCUGUUCAGAUGUUAGAUUGGAUAAAUUAUGCUUGUUUAAAGUUUUGUAAAUAAAUAAAUGACUUACUUAUA